AUGGAUACCAUAUCAGCUUCAGAAAAAAAAGAACUUGAUCUAAUCGAAAAAGUGGAACUUCGUUUAGCAUUAAGUGAUACCACAGAGAAAUUUGAAAAAAGUUUAAAUACAUUUCUAGCUCCUUUAUUGUUGAAACUUGCGUCUUCAUACGCAUCUGUCAGGCAAGCUGUUUUUAACACUUUAAAACAUGUGCUUUCACGAUUGUCAAGUCUUAAGACACUUAGAUUACCUGUAGCUGCAUUGAUUAUACAAGCUAAAUCACCUUCCAUUCCAGAAGGUGCAGAUCCGAAGAAUGUUCGCCUAUACAGUUUAUUAUUAGCUUCGAAAGGUAUUGAUCGUUUAACUGUCUCUGAGCAGAAAGCAUUGGUCCCAGACGUCAUGAAAGAUAUAUCUAAAGUAUCAAGAGACACUGCAGCAAGACUAUUCCAUAUACUUUGUAAACUGUUAUUAACUUGGGUUCCUCCAUUGAAGGGUUCUGCUGAAGAGAAUGAAACUAAAGAAUUUUUAAAGUUGGAGAAUGAUAAAGAUUUGGAAUUUAUCCUAAGUUAUUUCACAAAGUUUUUCCUAUUAAAACCUGCUAAACCAAAUCCACAAGCAGGUGUUAUACCUAGAGGUUAUACAUCGCCGGGACUCUCGAGCGAUGAUGUUUCCUUCUUUACGUAUGAGGCGGGUAUUUCUUUUACAGGAGAACAAAUGCAUGAAUUCAAAAGGGCAAUUUUUAAAUUUGCUUGUAAUGGUUUGGUUGAAGAUGAUAAUAAAUUGAUUAAAUUCUUGUCUGUUGUUUGUACAGAUGAAAGUCCAAUAUCGGAUUCUGCCAUUCAAUUUUUAAAGAGACUACAAACGCCUUAUGAGGAUGAAGAUUUUAUUAAUUUCUUGAUUACCUUAUACACUGGUGAUAAGACAACAGGUAUUCCUCCAGUGAAGCAUGAAUUACAAGAAAGAAUCCUUACAAUACUGAACAAUAGUAUAAUCGCAACUCAGGACUCGGGGAAGGUUUUAUUGAUCUGUUCUAUUGGUUUGAAUUCAGAAUAUUAUAAACUGAAAUCCUUCUGUCUGCUAUUCAUUCGUCAUGUCGCUAGAAACAAUGGUGAUAACAUGGUUCACAAACCCGAAUUUUCAGAAAAUUUAGACUAUCAUACUAAUAUUGCAUCUUUAAUCAGAAAUAACUUGCAUUCUGAAGGUUGGCCCAAACUUCAAUUAGGGUCGGCAACCCCUCAAUUUAAUAAUGCGAUAUUGCAAAGAAGAUUACAAUAUGAAACAUUAGGUGAUAUUAUAAGGAAGGAUUUCGAUUUGGUUGAAGAUUUAUCGUACAUUGAGUUUUUAUUAGAUUCGUUAAAUGGUGAUUUAAUAGAAUUUUCAUCCAGCAUUCAAGAGAGUUUGGUAGCUGCCACCAGUCAUUUACCGCUCUUACCGGAGUCAUCGAAACUUAAAUUGAAAACAAUUCUGAGGAAAUAUUUAUCGGAUGAUUACCAAUUAGAAAAUGAACCAAAAAGCAAAGAGAAGAUAAUGGCAUUAAGGUUUAUAGCUAUAAAGUUUGCGAAUGCCGCUUUCAAAUUUGAGGAUCCUGAAGCUAGAUUUUUUAAUAUAUUGGGUACUUCAAGAACAAAUAGAUUUGAUAUCAUAGAAGAAUCUAUUAAAGGUUUGCAUCCUCAUUGGUUUAGGAUAAAUAGAGCAGCAAUUAAUAAACAGUUCUUAAAAACGGAAGCAAUAUUAGGAAUUAAAGGUACAGAUACUGUUUUUCCUAAUUCCAAAGAAAUGAGCACGUUUAUUAUUAAUGAAAUGAAACAAAAUGGAGAAAAUGAGACAUCUGUAUUAAGAAACACCCUUAAUUGCGCUGUAAGAUUUAUUAAACAAUGUAUUAUAAUGGAAGCUAUCUCAGGAAAACAAACAGUUAUAGUACAAGACGAAGAUUGGAGUAUUAGGACCGAAAAGGCAGUAGAGGUAGAUCCCAUUGUCAUUCAUCAUGUUUCUUCCUUUCUUGGAGGUAUAACAGAAACUUGGUAUAGUGAACUCUUGAAAAUUAUUUGCUCAGAAUUUGUUAUAAAGAGUAGUGAAGGUAACACCAUUGCAUUUUCAAAAUAUCAUGAUGUAGUAUUUGGAAAAACAUUAAUAUUAUUAAUUAAGUUCACCAAUCCAUCUGUACUACACUUGUUGGAACCACUGAUUAUUGACCUUUAUAAAUAUUUGGAUGGUACCAGUAUAAUUAACGAUGAAGAACUAGAGAUGUGUGCUAAUAUUUUGGCAAUCAUAUCAGUGUCAUGUGCAAACUCCAAAAAUGUAACUAACAUAAUAUCCUGCCUGGAUCACGUUGAUACGACAGAAAUUUCGUUAAGAGACAUGUUUGCGAAUGCCAAUAUUUUACCAAGAUUAUUCAUCACGAAUCAAUUGAAAAAUGUGACAGAGACCCGUGUCUUGGCUUUAAUUAAAACAAUUUCUAAUAAUAUUAUGGAACAUAAAUCCAAAAAAAUACUUUAUCACUUAAUGGGACAGAUUAGUAAAUUUGGUUUGUUAUGUCACUUACCAAAAGAAAAAAGAGAAAUAAUUGUGAGAACAACUAUGGAUCUGCUGAAAACUAGAUUACUAAACGACGAAUUUACUGUUGAACUAUGGGGCUGUAUCGCCAUAUAUGCUAAGGAAUUUAAUCUAGUGGAUGAAUUUUACGAUACACUUUAUGAAACUCACGUUUCUAAACAAGUUGAAUACCUUUUUGCAUCUGGGGAAACUCUCUCCAUUAUUGCUGGGGGCUGGAUGAGUACUAUCUUAAGUGACCAAGUUGAUGUUGGUGAAUAUUCCAAGCAAGUGAUUGAUACAUUAGGUUCACAAUUCUACAAUGAGGAGAAUGUUUUCUAUAUCCUUGAUAAAGUUCUACAUGCAUGUGACUCAUCCAAGCCUGCCUUGCGUAAGGCAUCUUGUAUUUGGUUACUAUCUUUGGUUCAAUUUUUGAAACAUGAUAAAAUAAUUAUACAGCAUGCCCAGGAAAUCCAUAACAGGUUCAUGAAAUUCCUAGGCGAUAACGAUGAGUUAAUUCAGGAUACAUCGUCAAGAGGUUUGAGUUUGAUUUAUGAGAUUGGUACAAGUGAUCUUAGAGAGGAUAUGGUCAAGGGGUUAUUGAAGUCGUUUACGAAUUCGACAAAUGCUAUGUCAAUGCAAUCUGGAACACUUAACCAAGAAACGAAAUUGUUUGAACCAGGGACUAUGAAUACAGGAGAUGGUUCUGUUAGUACUUAUAAAGAUAUCCUAAAUCUUGCAUCUGAAGUUGGGGACCCCUCAUUGGUUUACAAAUUUAUGUCACUAGCAAAGAGUUCGUCUCUUUGGUCGUCAAGGAAAGGUAUUGCUUUCGGAUUAGGUGCUAUUAUGUCCAAAUCUUCCCUCGAGAAUAUGCUACUUGAGGAUGAAGCAACAGCUACUAAGUUAAUUCCAAAAUUAUACAGGUACAAAUUUGAUCCUUAUUCUACUGUAGCAAGAUCUAUGACUGACAUUUGGAAUUCUCUGAUAUCCGAUUCCUCAAAUGUUAUGACUAAAUAUUUUGAUGUCAUUUUAGAAGAAUUAUUAGAUGGUAUGUCAGAUAAAGAAUGGCGUGUUAGAGAAGCUAGUACUAAUGGUUUAUUAAAUUUGGUUCAAACUCAACCGAAUGAAAAAUUCGCAGAUAGGAUUCUAGAUAUCUGGACCAUGGGUUUCCGUACGAUGGAUGAUAUAAAAGAAAGUGUACGUGAGGCAGGUGUUAGGUUUACAACUGUAUUAGGUAAGAUCCUUGCUAGAUCGAUUGAUGUAAGUAAAGGUGUAAGUUCAGAAAGGUCAAAGAAAAUCCUAGAAUCUAUUUUACCAUUUUUUUUGGGUACAAAGGGUAUAAAUAGCGAUGCAGAUGACGUUAGGAAAUUUGCCUUGACAACAUUGAUUGAAUUGGUAAAAAAUACAGGUGACUCGAUUAAACCAUUUGCACCAAAGCUAGUGUAUGAGUUUACUCUACUAUUCUCCUCUAUCGAACCUCAAGUAAUAAAUUACCUAUCAUUGAAUGCUAAUAAUUAUAAUGUUGAUUCCAAGGUUAUUGAUAUGCAUCGAAAGAAUGGUAUCACUGGUUCCCCAUUAUUUGAGACAAUUGAAAAAUUAAUCACGCUCAGUGACGAAAAGAAUCUCCUCGAUUUUGUAGAUUACAGUAUGAGAGCUGUUAAAAAAUCUAUUGGCCUUCCAUCCAAAGUUGCUUCUGCCCAAGUUUUGGUGCUAUUAGCAAAAAGAUUUGUAAUUGAACUGGCCCCAUAUUCUGGUAAACUGUUGAAGUUGUGUUUAGUAAUGUUAGAUGAUAGGAAUGAAUCUGUUUCGCAUUCAUUUGCAACAACUUUUGGUUAUAUAUUCAAGAUUUCUUCUGUUGACAAGGCGGCAAAAUAUGGUAAUAAAUUGGUAGAAAAGUAUUUUAAUAUUGAUGGUAAUAACGAUUAUUCCUCCUCAAAAAGAACAGUCGGUUUAACUAUUGAAUCUAUUCUUGAUCAUUCGCCCUCACAAUUCGAAAAUGUUGCUAAUAUAUUUAUGCCACUGAUUUUUGUUGCAUGUAAUGAUGUUAUUAAAGAAAAUAGUGAUUUAUUUAGUAAAAUAUGGACAGAUGCAUCAUCUACUGGAUCAGGUACUAUAAAGUUGUAUUUAGAUGAAAUAUUGUCGAUUUUAUCAAAGAAUAUAAAAAGUAAUAAUUUCGAUGUAAGAAAGACCUGUGCGAAAGCAAUCCAGAUAGUUUCAGAGAAAAUAGAUAUUAAUAUUAGUGCCAAGCAAAGGCAAGAUCUGUUCGAUUUAUCCAUAACCUCCUUAGAGGGAAGAACAUGGGACGGUAAAGAUAUGAUGGUUGAAGCUUUAUGCUCCUUAGCUAUCACAUUUAAGGAUGAUGUGAGUCAAGAUUUAGAAUUAAAAAGACAAAUAAACAAAUCCUUAAAGAUUGAAAUGGCUCGUACAAAUAAGGCAUAUGUGAGAAAGAUAAUUUUGUUUUAUGCAAAAUAUUUGGGUACAUUCGAAGACUCAGAGGGUGACAUAGACCUACUCUUGAAAAUUAUUAAUGAUACUAUACAAGAUGUCGGUUCUUCUAACAAUAAAGCUGUUGAUAGUACGAGAAACGAGAGUGGGUCUAAAGAGAAGGAAAACGAGAUCACUAAGAAAUCUUCUAAGAAAAAUAUAGAGACAGAAGAAUAUAUUUUGAAAUUAAUUGAUUCAAUAGUUUCAUUUGCUGAGAUUGACAAAAAGAAUAUGAAUUUCAAAAUGGCAUAUCUACAAACUUUAUUGGAUUUGAUUUUACAAUGUUUUGGUAACAAUCUUUAUAUUUAUACAUGGAGAACUCAACUUUCUUUGUGUGAGAUUGGUAAAAAAAUAAUCACUAAUUAUGAUAUUAAUUCUGACGAAAUUGAUACUAUUUUAAGUACUUAUUGGAAAUUAGUAUCCGAGAACAAUACUACAAAGGAAACUAUCGAAAAUGUGAAAAUAGAAAUGAUUAGUUUCGGUUCAUUAUUAUCACAAAGAGUUCCAAAUUUGAAAUCAAUAAUUGAAGAAUCAAUUAGAGAAAUGACUGAUAAUGAUCCAAAUCCAAGACUAACAUUAGAAAUAAAGAACAAUGGAUUGUGA